AUGUUAGAAUUUCUCUGUCUAUCCAAUAACAAAAUUAAAGGAAGAGUUCCCAAUUGGUUUAUCUCGUUAUAUUCAUUAGACCUCUCCCACAACCAAUUGGAGCAAUCACUGGACCAAUUUUCAUGGAACCAACAACUUGAUUAUCUUGAUUUUAGUUUUAACAAAAUCACUGGUGGCAUCUCUUCCUCAAUUUGUAAUGCAAGUCCAAUUGAGUAUCUCAACUUGUCACGCAACAAGUUGACGGGCAUCAUUCCACAAUGCCUUGCUAACUCAUCAUACCUUUUUGUUUUGGAUCUACAACACAGCAAACUUCAUGGCACUUUGCCAAGUAGCUUUUCAAAAAUUUGUGGGUUCCGAACUCUGAAUCUCAAUGACAACCAAUUAAAAGGUUCUUUGCCAGAAUCUAUGUCCACUUGCUUUACUCUGGAGGAUUUAGAUCUUGCCAACAAUCAAUUAGAAGGUACCUUUCCUCAUUCUCUUCAAGGUCUAUCAAAUUUAAGAGUAUUGGUUUUGCGAGCCAAUAAGUUUCAUGGCCCGAUUGAAAAUUUAAAGACCACAUAUGAAUUUGCCAAUUUAGUUAUACUUGAUAUCUCUUCCAACAACUUCAGCGGCCCAAUACCAAAGGUGUACAUAAGAAAGUUUGAAGCCAUUAAGAAUGUUGUUCAAGAUGAAAAUGAGGAAUACAUCAGAGGUUUUACAAGUUAUGAUUCUGUGACUAUAACAACAAAAUCAAUCGUUGUUACAAUGGAGAAAAUUCGGACAGACUUUGUAACCAUUGAUUUAUCAAAAAACAGAUUUGAAGGAGAGGUUCCAAACGUGAUCGGAGAACUUCAUGCUCUUAGAGCGCUCAACCUUUCUCGUAACAUACUUAGUGGUCCUAUUCCCCAAUUCCUGGGAAAUUUGACAAACUUAGAAUCGCUAGAUCUGUCCUCAAAUAUGCUUACUGGUAUGAUUCCUACAGAACUAACCAAUUUGAACUUUCUGAAAGUUCUGAAUCUUUCCAAUAUUCAUAUUGUGGGAGCAAUACCUCAAGGAAAACAAUUCAAUACAUUUUCCAACGAUUCCUACAAGGGAAACUCUGGGUUAUGUGGGUUUCCAUUGACAUAAAAAUGCAGCAAGGACAUUGAACAACAUUCUCCACCUUCACUGCCCUUUAAGAGAGAGCAUGGAUAUGGAUUUGGAUGGAAACCGGUUGCUAUAGGAUAUGGAUGUGGAAUGAUAUUUGGAAUCGGAAUGGGAUGUUGUGUGUUAUUAAUAGGAAAGCCUCAAUGGCUUGGGAGAAUGGUUGCAUGAAUUGGGGUUGUCUUGUUGUACACCUUAUUCAAAUUCAAUUGUGCCUUCAUUGAAAACGAAAGAAGUUAAGCAAGAAUUUUAUCACUUUGCACUGCAUGGGAGAUUUGAUUCAAAGUUUAUUUCCAAUAUAUAUUUAAUUCCAAGUUUAGUUGUAA